AAGAAGAAGACCGGUCCUCGCCUGUAUCUUUAGUACUGAUAUUUCCCACAGCACCUUAACUGCAUACCCGCGGGGAGUAAACACCGGGGCCUUCGUCUCCUCUUGCACCGGGCAUCAGACAUCAGCAAACGGCCAUGGCGCGGAGGUUCUUCGUCGGAGGAAACUGGAAGAUGAACGGGAUUAAGGAGAGCCUGGAGGAGCUGAUCACCACCCUAAACACCGCCGACCUGGACGACCAGACCGAGGUGGUGUGUGCUGCUCCCUCCAUCUAUCUGGACUUUGUUCGGUCCCUUCUGGAUCCCAGAAUCAUGGUCGCAGCCCAGAACUGUUACAAGGUGGCUAAGGGAGCUUUUACAGGAGAGAUAAGCCCGGCCAUGAUACAGGACUGCGGGGCAGACUGGGUGAUCCUCGGACAUUCAGAGAGACGCCAUGUGUUCGGAGAAAGUGAUGAGCUGAUUGGCCAAAAGGUAGCUCACGCUCUGGAGAAUGAUCUCGGUGUGAUUGCCUGUAUUGGUGAGAAGCUGGAGGAGAGGGAGGCAGGCACCACAGAAGAAGUAGUCUACGCUCAGACGCAGGUUAUUGCAGAAAAUGUGAAUGACUGGGAGAAAGUGGUACUGGCGUAUGAACCUGUUUGGGCCAUCGGCACUGGAAAGACAGCCUCACCUGAGCAGGCUCAGGAGGUCCAUGAAAAGCUGAGGGCUUGGCUCAGAGCAAAUGUAUCAGAUGAUGUGGCCGACUCCCUCCGCAUCAUUUAUGGAGGUUCAGUCACAGGAGCGAACUGCAGGGAGCUGGCGUCUCAGGCCGACGUUGACGGCUUUCUGGUUGGUGGAGCCUCUCUGAAACCGGAGUUUGUCGACAUCAUCAACGCACGUGCAUAAUGUGCACAGAUAAUCAAUAAUUAGGAUCACUUUUUCUUUAGUCUGUCACACAUUGCUGUCCAUGCAGAAGCAAAAAUGGCUGUUUUGCUUUCAACUUUUGCUCAAAAAAAAAAAGCUAAGCUAGCUAUGAGUACGUAAUGUUUUUCUAUUGUUUACUGUGAUAAUUUGUAUCCGUUUAAAAAAGUAAAAUAAAAUAACCACUGAGAUUAUCUCUUCAGUAUUUUUUAAGUUGAAACGGACAAUAAUCUCAUUAUUUGCUGCUUUUAAUUUAAUUGGUAAUAUUUUUUGAAGUUUAUCCAUCAGCCUAUGUUUUUUUCUGUGUUUGCUUACUAAAUUAUGUAAUAUCCUCACUGCCGGACAUCUGUUUCACCUAUAUGCUACCACAAUGUCUGUAACAAUUAAUGUUCCAGACAGAAUUUACUUGAAAUAACACAAAGCAAAGAAAGUGUCAGGAGUCAGUGACACUCGGUAGGCCCAAAAGCUUUACAACUGUAUGUAGUUUCACACUGGCUCAUGUGUUCUUCAGCGAUCACAGGACUGAUUGAUGUAAACUGGAACCAAAUAAAAAAAUGUAGAAAUGUA